AUGAGUGUGAUGCAGUCCGGGACACAGAUGAUCAAACUGAAACGUGGGACCAAAGGGCUAGUCCGGCUCUUUUACCUGGAUGAGCAUCGGACCCGCCUCCGAUGGAGACCCUCUAGGAAGAGUGAGAAGGCAAAAAUACUUAUUGACUCCAUUUACAAAGUCACCGAAGGUCGGCAGUCGGAAAUUUUCCACAGACAAGCUGAAGGGCACUUUGAUCCCAGCUGCUGCUUCACCAUCUACCAUGGUAAUCACAUGGAGUCUCUGGAUCUCAUCACGUCCAACCCCGAGGAGGCCCGCACCUGGAUCACAGGCCUCAAGUACCUGAUGGCCGGCAUCAGUGAUGAAGAUUCCCUUGCCAAGCGGCAGAGGACCCACGACCAGUGGGUGAAGCAGACGUUUGAGGAAGCUGAUAAGAAUGGUGACGGCUUACUGAAUAUUGAAGAGAUACAUCAACUGAUGCACAAACUAAAUGUCAAUCUUCCCCGAAGAAAAGUCAGACAAAUGUUUCAGGAAGCUGAUACAGAUGAAAAUCAGGGAACUCUGACAUUUGAAGAAUUCUGUGUUUUUUACAAAAUGAUGUCACUGAGACGGGACCUUUAUUUGUUGCUCUUGAGCUACAGUGACAAGAAAGAUCACCUAACUGUGGAAGAACUGGCUCAAUUUUUGAAGGUGGAGCAAAAGAUGAAUAAUGUGACAACAGAGUAUUGUCUUGAAAUCGUAAGAAAAUUUGAAGUUUCAGAAGAAAAUAAGGCGAAAAAUGUUCUUGGCAUAGAAGGGUUCACGAACUUCAUGCGUAGUCCUGCUUGUGACAUAUUUAACCCACUGCACCAUGAAGUGUACCAGGACAUGGAUCAGCCGCUGUGCAACUACUACAUCGCUUCCUCUCACAACACAUACCUGACUGGGGACCAGCUCCUUUCUCAGUCCAAAGUGGAUAUGUACGCCCGGGUGCUACAGGAGGGCUGCCGCUGUGUGGAAGUUGACUGUUGGGAUGGCCCAGAUGGAGAGCCAGUGGUCCACCAUGGUUAUACUCUGACUUCAAAAAUUCUCUUCAGAGAUGUUGUGGAGACGAUCGACAAGCACGCCUUUGUGAAGAAUGAGUUCCCGGUCAUCCUGUCCAUCGAGAAUCACUGCAGUGUCCAGCAGCAGAGGAAGAUUGCUCAGUACCUGAAAGGAAUAUUUGGAGACAAACUGGACCUGUCAUCUGUAGACACAGGAGACACCAAACAGCUUCCAAGCCCUCAAAGUUUGAAAGGCAAAAUCCUAGUGAAGGGCAAGAAGUUGCCUUAUCAUCUUGGGGAUGAUGCAGAGGAGGGGGAAGUUUCCGACGAAGACAGCGCUGAUGAAAUUGAAGAUGAGUGCAAGUUCAAGCUCCAUUAUAAUAAUGGGACCACUGAGCAUCAGGUGGAAUCUUUCAUAAGGAAAAAACUGGAGUCACUGUUAAAAGAAUCUCAAAUUCGAGACAAAGAAGACCCUGAUAGUUUCACAGUGAGAGCUCUACUCAAGGCCACGCACGAAGGCUUAAAUGCACACCUAAAACAGCAUCCAGAUGUGAAGGAAAAUGGAAAGAAAUCACAUGGACGAUCCCUCAUGACCAACUUUGGAAAACAUAAGAAAACCACAAAGUCACGGUCUAAGUCGUAUAGUACCGAUGAUGAGGAGGACACACAGCAGAACCCUGGCAAGGAGACUGGUCAGCUGUACAGGUUGGGUCGCCGCAGGAAAACUAUGAAACUCUGCCGAGAGCUCUCUGACUUGGUGGUGUAUACAAACUCAGUGGCGGCCCAGGACAUUGUGGAUGAUGGAACCACAGGAAAUGUGUUAUCAUUCAGUGAAACAAGAGCACAUCAGGUAGUUCAGCAGAAAUCGGAGCAGUUCAUGAUUUAUAACCAAAAGCAACUCACGAGAAUUUACCCCUCCGCCUACCGCAUUGAUUCCAGUAACUUCAACCCUCUGCCCUACUGGAACGCGGGUUGCCAGCUAGUGGCACUGAACUACCAGUCUGAGGGGCGAAUGAUGCAAUUAAAUCGAGCCAAGUUCAAGACAAAUGGCAAUUGUGGGUACGUCCUCAAACCCCAGCAAAUGUGCAAAGGUACUUUCAACCCUUUCUCUGGUGAUCCACUUCCUGCCAACCCCAAAAAGCAGCUCAUUCUGAAAGUGAUCAGUGGACAGCAACUCCCCAAACCUCCAGACUCCAUGUUUGGAGACCGAGGCGAGAUCAUUGAUCCUUUUGUUGAAGUUGAAAUUAUUGGAUUGCCAGUAGAUUGUUGUAAAGAUCAAACCCGUGUAGUAGAUGACAAUGGAUUUAACCCUGUGUGGGAAGAAACCCUGACAUUUACAGUACACAUGCCAGACAUAGCUUUGGUUCGGUUCCUGGUGUGGGAUCAUGAUCCAAUUGGACGAGACUUCGUUGGACAAAGAACUGUGACCUUCAGCAGCUUAGUGCCUGGCUACCGGCAUGUCUAUUUGGAAGGACUGACAGAAGCAUCUAUAUUUGUCCACAUAACAAUCAAUGAAAUCUAUGGAAAGAACAGACAGCUCCAAGGUCUGAAGGGAUUGUUCAAUAAGAAUCCCAGGCAUGGUUCAUCAGAAAACAAUUCCCAUUAUGUUCGGAAACGAUCGAUUGGAGAUAGGAUUCUGAGACGCACAGCCAGUGCUCCGGCCAAAGGCAGAAAAAAGAGCAAAAUGGGCUUCCAGGAAAUGGUAGAGAUAAAGGAUUCUGUGUCUGAGGCUUCAAGAGAUCAAGCCGGUGUCCUGAGGAGGACCACACGGAGUUUGCAAGAGCGCCCUGUCUCUUUGCCUGUUGACAAAAGUCUUCUGGGGGCUUUGUCACUGCCUAUAUCUGCAACAGCAAAAGACGCUGAAGGAAAAGAACACUCCCUGGCAGAAGAUAAGGAUGGAAGAAGAAAAGGGAAGGCAAGUAUAAAAGACCAGCAUUUUCCAAAUUUCAACAAAAAGUUAUCCUCUUCCUCUAGCGCCCUCCUCCGCAAAGACAUCGGCCAAGGGGGCUCCACCAUCUCUGUUGCCAACACGCCAAUCCCGGGAGAACAGUUGGGAGUGCCAGGUCUUACGGGUGGGAGAACCAAAUCGAAUGUAUCAGGUGAUGGCCGGGAACAGGAGUGUGCCGGCAAAUCCCUCUUGCCAAGGCAGCUUUUGGCUCCUGAUCCUACAGUUACCCUGACACAGGGUCCACGCGGUGUGAAAACCAAGGCAAAUGGGAACGCUGGGGGCUUUGUGGAAGAAAAAAGCACAUUGUCGGGAAGCAUUUUUUCUCAGAGCAACCUGGAGAUUAAGAACUUGGAAGGGAAUUGGGUUAAGGACCAAGCUGCAACAUCCUUUUCUUUGUCAGAUGUCUCUACGCUCUGUUCUGACAUACCUGCCUCACAUUCUACUGCCAUUCUGCAGGAGACUGACAUUUCCCAUCUUAUUGACAAUGUCACAUUAACCAAUGAGAAUGAGCCGGGCAGUUCCAUUUCAGCACUGAUUGGCCAGUUUGAGGAGACCCAUGAUCAGGCAAACCUCACAGUUGUUUCUCAGCUCCAUAGCACCAGUGUCAUGUCAAGUCAUCCUCCCUUGCCCACCUUGGACCGAAAGAUUCCCUUCAAGCAUGACUUUUCCACGGGAAAACCCAAGUCAUCCUUCCUGUGCUCAUCUCCUGCCCCGAUUGCAUUCUCAAGUCCUGAGACCUCCAAACACUCAACACACGCAGUCUGUGAAACUACCUGCAUUCCUCUCUCUAAAGCCAAACCAGAUGACGGCCUUCCUGAUAAGGCCAAGACAGGGGCUCUGGAAAACAACCUGCCUGGGUCCUCUCAUACUUCUCACUGCUGGUUACCAAAAAGUCCCACCAAUGGCAAAGAAUGGGAGAUGUUGAAGAACCACAGCCCUAUCACUUCCACCAACUUGGCACUGGAGGAUGUAAUGGCUGAAACCAUUCUCUGUUUAAAUUCUGCAGAGAGCAGUCUCGUGGAAAUGGACGGAGAUUCAGAAAAUCUGUCCCUAACAACCUAUGAAUAUAGAAGAGAGGAUGCAAGCCACUCUGCUUCUCCUUUAAAACCACAGUAUGGUCAGGAUGUGGCAGAACAUUUUCAAAGAGGUUUGAGAAAUGGCUACUGUAAAGAGACUCUCCACCCUUCUGUCUCUGAAAUAUUCAACAAUAUUCAAGAUGUCAAAAAUCAAAGUAUUUCUUGUCUAGCCUAUCAGGGCGCUGGUUUAAUGCACAACAACUGCUCAAAUUCAGACGCAAAAAUGAACCAGACCUGUGUGCCCCUGUCUAGUGAUGAAGGCAUGCAUGCCCCUGCGCCCAAGCAGCCCACGCAUCCUCCUCUGCCUGCUCUGAAGCUGCCCAGCCCUUGCAAAUCCAAAAGUCUGGGGGACUUAACAUCAGAGGACAUCGCCUGCAACUUUGAAAGCAAGUACCAGUGUAUUAGUAAGAGUUUUGUUACAACCGGCAUUAGGGACAAGAAGGGCGUGACCGCGAAGACAAAGUCCUUAGAGCCCAUAGACGCCCUGACCGAGCAGCUGCGGAAGCUUGUGUCUUUUGACCAGGAAGAGGGCUGUCAGGUGCUCUGUUCAAAGCAGGAUGCCAGUCAAUUCCCCAGGGCACUGGUCAGAAAGUUGUCAUCCAGAAGCCAGAGCCGAGUGCGCAACAUUGCCAGCCGUGCCAAGGAAAAGCAGGAGGCCAACAAGCAGAAGGGCGUCAACCCCAGCCACGUAGGUGGAGUGGUUCUGCGAAACAAACCCUCGGCGCCCCUGCCUGCGGGCACCCGGCACUCCACGGGCUCGUACAUCGCUGGCUACCUGCGGAGCGGCAAGGGGGGCGGUGUGGAAGGCCGCGGCAUCCCGGAAGGGGCGUGUGCCGCCUUGCGCCCCGGCUACGGCGACCCGUUUUGUUCCGAUAAUUCCAUUUUGCAGACCGAGCCCAGCAGUGAGGAUAAACCAGAAAUUUAUUUUCUUUUGAGACUGUGA